UUUCCAAAAAUUUAAAAUAUAAAACGUAAUCACCUCGAAGUGCAAAUGGAGGAGGUUCUUUCAAUUCUGUCACGUCGGGACACUCUCUUGUCCAAAAUCGAUAUCAGAGCCAAUAGUCCGCUGAAAAGACUCUUUCAGACAGUACAUUUGAAACGCGAGUGCUACAUCAACGACCUGUGGGAAAUUGUGGGCUAUGAGACAAUCUCCACUCGAGAGGACCGGCGGGAGGAGCUGCAGCGUUGUGUUAACUGGCUAUUGAAGCGGCUGAUGGGCCUCGAUGUGGUUGCCUUUGGUGAGCCGAUGGGUCUGCAAUUAAUGAAUGAGUCCUUCAAGACGAUACAAAUGCCAAGCAUGAUCAUUGGCGUGAUUGCAAAGAAUCCUGGCAGACCGACCAUUUUGGUGUAUGGCAACGUCGAUGUGGAGGACGCUUCUAUGGAGGAGGGCUGGACAACGGACCCCUUUGUGCUCACAGAGAUCGAUGAAUUCCUGUACGGCCGCGGCGUAGCUCUGGACAAGGGGCCCCUGCUCUGUUGGCUGAAUGCCAUACAAAGCUAUCGCGAUGCGGGAAUGCGAUUGCCUGUGAACUUGGUGUUUCUUAUUGAGAGCAUGGCUCACAGCAACAGCUUGGGGCUGGAGACGGUGCUCCGUCAGCGCAUCGGAUUCUUCCGCGAGGUCUCCUGCGUGGCCAUUUGCACCCGGCGGUGGAUCAGUAACAAGAGGCCGGGCAUUAUUUAUGGCUCCCGCGGUCUUGUCUAUUACCAUCUAGAGGUGGAGUGCGCUAAUCGGGAUCUGAGCAGCUGUGAGCAUGGCGGCACUCUGUACGAGGCCUUGCCGGAUCUCUUCUAUUUGCUGAGCACCUUGGUGGAUGGAGCCACAACCAUACUUGUUGAGGGCCUAACAUCGAACUAUGAAGUGGAUAUGAAUGUUCUCCAGUGCGCAGAUUUCAACUACCGACAAUUUGGGCGUAAUGUCGAUUCCUAUUUGCUGCCCCAUAAGGAUAGCAAGGUUAAUGCAUUGCACUCGUUAUGGGCCAUGCCACACCUAUCGAUACACGGCAUCGAAGGUGCCAAUGCCUCGCCAGACCUGCGCUUUGUAAUCCCCCAUAGGGUGGUAGGCAAAUUUUCGGUGUCCAUGGCUCCCAAUCAGAAAGCAGCUUUGGUGACAGAGGCCCUGCAAAAGCAUUUGGGCUUGGCCUGGGUAGAACGUGGCUCUCCAAAUAAAAUGUCCUUGUGCGAGAAGUUCGUGAUACCCUCCUGGACGGGCGCCGUCGAUACGCCCGAGUACGCUGCCGCUGUUCGCGCCAUGCAUCAGACAUAUGACGCCAUGCCCAACUAUAUACGCGAUGGAGGCUCUAUUCUGGCCCCCACCAUAUUCCGAGAGGUUCUAAAUAAGAACGUAAUUGUGCUGCCCAUUGCAAGUAAUGACAAUGGCGGGGGGCCGAUCAACGAGCGCCUCAGUGUGGAGAACUAUGUUAAGGGCUCUCAAAUGCUGUCCGCGUUCAUGUGGGAAUAUGGCGAAGUAGGCGAGGACACCGACAGCGAGAUCAAGGUGAAUGCCAUAUGUAAGCCAAAGAGUGCCAAGUAGUGAGCUUGCAGGUGCCACCAACGCCACCACUACUGCUGCCACCACCUUCCAUUAAUCAAUACCAGAGCGGAAAUCCUAAAAGCCAAGAGCGCAAACUUCUUUUGUUCUAUGCCGUCAACACUAAAUACUCACGUCAACCAAUAAAUACACUUCGUCCACGGCCCAGUCGCAGCAACGCUUGCACAAUCUCAGCAGUUGAUCUGCCGCCGUGGAGAAGAACCACAGCCCUUGUGGCUGCUAAGGUGGUUCUGGUUCUGGUUGUCGUGGUUGUGGUUGUGGUUGCUGUGCAGCCUUAAAGCGCACGCCCUUUUCGCACAGACUCCGAAGGGCUCUGUGGCCCGGCGAGAUCGGUGCACAGCAGAGCAGAGCAGAGCAGGCAGCAGCUUUCGGUCCCUUUAGGUGUCAAAAGCAAUAAAACGCCGGCCUGUAAUCAACGCGAUCCUAAAUAGGUGUACAAAUUACACCAAAGUCCUUAAUUAUAGCGAAACCGCCAGCGCGCGAGACUCUUGACCACAAAGCGAAGAUGCCCUGCCAUUGAACAUUGGGAUCGAGUGCACAAAAAUGUAAAUUUGUGGGAGGCAGUUCUGCAAUUCUUCUUCGUCAACAGCGUUUCGAAAAUAAAAGGGUAUGCGAAUGUUAAGCGUAGAAUGCGUAUUCUUGUCAAUAAAGUUCCUCUCUAAAGUCAA